GCCGGGCUCGCCUGGCAGCGCGGCCCGCCUCGGCCCGGCCUCCCCGGCGCUGCAGCCGCCAAUCGGGCCGCGAGGCUGCGGCGGGGCCUGGCCCGGAAGCCAGCGGCGGGGAGAGGGAGGCGGCCGCGGCCGGGCAGAGGGGCGCCCGCCUGGAGAGAACACAUCUGGCGCUCUCUCCUGGUGACGCCAUGUGGCCCUUGCUGUGGAUGACUGUGCGGACCUACGCCCCUUACGUCACCUUCCCUGUGGCCUUUGUGGUGGGGGCAGUGGGCUACCACCUGGAGUGGUUCAUCCGUGGUGACUCCCCGCAGCCGGUUGAGGAAGAGAAGAGCAUCUCGGAGCGGCGGGAGGACAGGAAGCUGCAGGAGAUUGCGGGCAAGGACCUGACCGAGGUGGUGAGCCUCAAGGAGAAGCUGGAGUUCACCCCCAGGGCCGUGCUGAACAGGAACCGUCCAGAGAAGAGUUAACCAGGCUGCCCAGGCACCUCCAGGGCCCUCGGGGGUGUGAGCCCUGGCAGCCUGGUGUGACUGGUUCCCCCGUUCCUUUGGGUUGGAGCUGAGCACUCAGUCCAUCUGGCUGCAGGUCAGGACCCUGGGUCCCUUAGCCGGGCUCCUGGAGACUGUCCCAUCUCACCCACGUGUUUUCAAUCCCAGUCCUCCAAUAUCUGGCUCGUGCUGGGCAUCCCCCCCCGGCGCUUACACUGGCUAUCUUGCAAGGUGGCUGCGUGUUGGAGUUUCCCACCCAUGGAUGGAGGAGGAGGUGUGGCCAAGGAGGCAGAGCUGGGCAGUCUUGGGCAUUGCUGCCUGCGUUCCUGGCGCACCCAGUCGCACAGCUAGGGAGAGGGAUGGUGCUCCAGAGGCCGCACAGUUCCUGCAGGAGACAGCUCCAUUCCCAGGUUGAACAGGCCCUCGAUGCUCGGCCCGCCCUGUCCCGGAUCCCUCUGGAUCUCCCUGGAUUCUGCAGGUUUCCUUUGCAUGGAAACAGCCAAGACCUGUGUCCUGUCCAGGUGGUGGAGCGUAGCUGCCUCUGGCCAGAGCCCGGAGGUGCUGGAGGGUGUGUGUCCUGGGAACUGAAUUGCAUGGGGUCAGGAGUGGGGCAAGGAGGUUUGCACACUGCUCGCUUCCCUGUUCCUGGCUUGGAUUCCCCCUUUGCUUCUCAGGACCCCCAGAUUCACCCUCGCUAUCAGGCACAGCCCCUCCCCAGCCUGAGGGCUCCAGCCCCCUUCGCUGUGGUGGGUGCCCCUGGCGUCGGACUGGCAGCUGGGGCGGAGCAUGAGGGAAGCUGUAAUUGCCUGGCAGGCCAGAGACUGGUGGGGGUAGCUGGAAGUCAUUUCACCCACCUGUCCCAGGAUCCCUAGCGGUACCUAGGCAGGGAGCUCUGGGUGCGUUGCUGUGGGGCCGAGGUUUGGGGAAUGAAAUGACCUCACAGCUGUGUAGAAUGAAGCCAGAUUAAACCAGCCUGAGAACUCGGGGC